AUGGAAAGGAGCAUGUUGAAUAUUAAGCUGAAAGACAAGUGGAGCAUAAGGAAAAUUAGGAAGGCCACAGGAGUAACGGAUGUCCCCAGAAAGAUUAAGAGGCUAAAAUGGCGCUGGACUGGCCAUGUAGUUAGAUCCUCAAAAGAAAAAUGGACUAAAGAAAUUAUAUCUUGGUACCCUAGAGAUGGCAAGAGGAAAAAAGGACGGCCACAAAAAAGGUGGGAAGGUGACCUGCCAAAAGGAUGGCGCAGAAUAGCCAGAGACAGAGCACACUGGAGUAUUCUAGAGGAGGCCUAUGUCCAAGGACAGCCUGACUAA